GCGUACUAUGAACGAGAAAGCGUAGCUUUAGUGUCAGAUUGUGGCAGAGAGAGAGGAGCAGUAACCUCAGCCAGCAUUUGGUUUUGAUUUGGGAUAUUUGCAUCUCUCUACAUUUUCAUUCUACAUAGAAAAAAAACAUCUAUUCGUGAAUCUUGGGGUGAAUAGAACUCCAAUGUCUCUGCAAAAGAGGGAGCUCUGGUUUUCAAAUGAAGAUAUCCAGAUUGAUGUUCUAUCUCGACUAUCAGCCAAGAUACUGAACCGAAUGAAAUGUGUUUCCAAGGAAUGGAAAUGUCUUAUUUCCGACCGUUCUUUCGUUCGCUUUCAGGUUAAAAAUACAGAAACAGCAAAGGGGUUCUUCUUCCAGGAGAGUCAAUGGAGCAAUACUGAUAUUGGAUUUAUAAACUACAUUCCAGUGGAAGGAGAAGGUGAAAAGGUAUGGCGGACGGUUUUCAACUUUCUUCCUGAAAAGGUGAUCAUUCUCUCUUCAAUCAACGGCCUCAUGUGUUGUCGUAGUUGUUUCUCUUCUUUAGACCCGAGGAUAUAUGUAUGCAACCCUUUGAACAAGCAAUGGAUAACUCUGCAGUGGCCUCAUCUUUUUAAAAGCAGCAGUAGCCUAGCCUUAGCUUUUGAUCCUGUCCAGAAUCCAAUUGAUGCUUCCACAGAUUUCAAAUUGGUCUUGGUUAGUGAUACUAUGACUGGUGGAGAGGAUUACCAUCUAUCAUUUGAUAUAUAUUCCACAGAAACUGGGAAAUGGAAAAGAUCAAACGAGUUUUGUCAAUGCAAGCAUAAACUGAUAAAAAAUAAAGGGAUUUUUGUUGAUGAAAGAUUGUAUUGGCUUACUGAUGGUUAUCAGAUUCUCAUGUUCCAUCCCCAAAUUGAGCUUUCUUGGUUAAUUACGGCACCGCUACCUGCCACAUACUUUAGAAGUAUCCCCGAAAUGUGUAUAGGGGAAUCCAAAGGCAGGCUGUGCUACGUGAUAAUCUCCGAGGACGGACUGCAGUUGUGGGUUCUCGAGGAUUACUUUGCAUCUCAGUGGGCAUUAAAUACUUGUAUAACUCUGAAAGAAUUAGAGAGAGAAAAUUCAAGUGUCCUAUCCAAUAUAUCCAAGAAAAUGGCAAGUUCGAUAAAUAGAGGCACACUUCCUCAUUGGAUAGAUCCAUUAGCUUUUAAAGAUGGGAUGCUGUUUGUGCGGGUUGCGACAAGUAUAUAUUUGUUUAGGUUUGAAACCAGGAAGAUGAAAAAGCUGACGGAGAUUUCCAUGUUGGGCCUAAAUCCUAUGGAUUCUCCUACUGUGAUUCCAUACACCAUGAGCUUGGUUCCGCUUGGCUAAGCACAUGAGACCACCAUUUACACAAUAGUUAAGUUCCUCUGUUUCGGAAUUUAUUUGGAUCUUGUUGAUUUUGUGGCAUGUAGGUUCUUGAAAGAGUUUAUGUUACAGAUUUUGUUGCGUGUCAA